AUGACCUUCAAAGAUUCCCAGCCUGUCUCAAAAGGAGGAACAUAAGAGCUUAUCUUUAUCAUGAAUGCAUUUGUCUUGAUAGAAAUUGGCCUCAUACUGUUGUGCAACACCAUCAGCUCCUGUCUUCAGUGUAAUCACUUGCCUUUACAGCAAAGAAAAGUGAUUGAGAAUAGCCUUCGACUUUUGGACAAAAUGGGUAAAAGGUUUCCUAAACAAUGUCUAAGGGAGAAAAUGUCCUUCAGAUUUCCUGAGCAGGUUCUAAUACCCACAGAGAAAGAGACUGUCAAAGUGGCCAUUGAAGAGAUCUUGCAACACAUCUUCUAUAUCUUUGGCAAAAAUCUGACUCCAGCUGCUUGGGAUGGGACAGCUUUAGAACAAUUCCGAAAUGGACUUCAUCAGCAAAUUGAGCAACUAGAGGCAUGUGUAAUCAAGAAGCAGACCCACUACCAUCACAGUAAAGAAGUUAACAUGCUGAAACUGAAGAAGUACUUCCAAAAAAUAAAGCAUUUUCUUGAAGACAAACAACACAGCCUGUGCUCCUGGGAGAUCAGCCGUGCAGAAAUGAGGAGAUGUCUUCAACUGGCUGAUAAAGUCAUAAGGAAGCUUAGCAACUAA